GCUAUUGCCCUAUUGCCAUCCAGCGUCGCUUCAUUUUUUGCUUCGUUCUUUCCCACUUUGUCUUUCCAUGCUAUAGGCUCGGAAAGAGGGCUUCUUAGGCACAGCAGCCGAAUGAGCAAGACUCUCGGCCCAUGAACCUCGCCUGCGCUCGUUGGGUGGUAGAGGAAGACCCCUCAGGCCUCACUGGCCUACCCCACUUCAGAGACUCUGUUCUGCGACCCCGACAGCGCCCGGGGAGCAACGCCCCGCCGGGCCCUGCAUCGUGAAGAAUGAUGGGUAGGGUUCCCUGGAGCAACGAUGAGCACGGGAUCUCGGCCUGCCGUCGCGAUUGCUGUCGAUGCAUUCCUUAUUUGCGCCGUGCGCUCACUCUGACGGUUUACCUCACAGGCGCGACUUUUAACGCCGCAGAGCCCGCGGCAGCUGAUGAGCAUGAUGCUGCUGGUGCCGUGCAAAACCCGACUGAUCAGCUGCACUAUGCGUCGCAUCAUGGAGUCACGGAUCCCAUGGACCUCGACUUUGACCUUGACGCCGCUCUGUGGGCGGGCGACUUGGAACUUGCGGUCAGUCAACAGGAAGCUCACAUGGGCGUCAACUACGGGCCGCUCGAAACUAGCAUGCCCGCCGACCUUCUUUUCGUCGAGGAUGAAGGCGUCCUGCCAGCUGCUCCAGACUACAGCGCUCAACCCGCCAACAUGCCGCAGCAACCUUCUGCACCGCCCUCUACGCGCGCCGUCUUCCCGGCACCCCGUUCAGACGCUGGCUCGGACGAUGCAAGGUUGCCGGACGAGGGGGGAACGCCCAAUGGCGUAGCCCGUCAGCGAUUGCGCCGGCAGUUGUCGCUCCUCUCCAAGGGCUGGGCUGGGGAUGAAAUCAGGUUCAAAAACUGCGACGCAUCCAAGGCCAUUGUGCUGCACUCAUUGGCUAUGGAGCUAGGUCUGGGGUAUAACCACGACGUCAGGAGCCGCGAGGUCUCCAUGUCGCGCCUCGAACCCGCUCAAGCCGCUUCCAAAUCUCGGCAAUGCGCAGCCCAUCCGUCCUCCUCGUGUUCCCGCUCAUCCACCGAGCUCGAUACGACGCUGUGCCUCCCAGAACUGCCAACGGUGCCCGAGUACCAGGUGUUUAACGUCGCCUCCCACGCAUCCCAGGAACCAAGUUCUCAGCCUGCUCAGCCAAAGGGGACAGGCACCGCCGUCAAUCAGCAAUUGAUGCGACGGCCAAGCUGCAGCGAGCGCAUCAGCGACUCGAUCAGCAAGCACGUUUCAACCCUCAAGACUUCCAUCUCCAAGAGCGGCGGCCGGCGAGGGCCCCUGACGGAAACUGGCCGCCGUGACAUGAGGGCUCUGGAAGCGGCCGGCGGUGCUUGUUGGAGAUGCAAAGUUCUGCGUCGCAAAUGCGACCCCGGCAGCCCGUGCAGGUGCUGCCUGCAGAGCGUCCCGAUGCCUCACCUCGGCGAGGAUGCGCCUCUUUGGCCUCUCAUCGGUUGCCGGCGGGGACCCCUACGCAACUCCAUGCCACCUCAACUCCUCUGUCCCGAACCGAAGCCGGAGACGCGUGGCGCCUCAGGGCUUCCGCGGCGGUGCCGAUCCGUGGACAUUGCAGAGCAGUGUCUCCUAUCUGCAGAGAGCCAAAGACUAGCCGACAUGAAAGCCGUCCUCGAAGGCGCCGGCCAUAAACUCUCCAUCACCGACCCUGCAUCCCAAGCCCGAUUCAUAUCGUUCAUCGAGGCGGGGAGAUACCGCGAUCGCACUUCCUUACAGAGAAGUUAUUCAUCGGGAGGCACCUCGGUCUCCUACACCGAGCUGAUUGCUAUAAUCGCAUGGGAGCUGGCCGAGAACCCGGCUCUAUUGCCGGCGCUCGAAAUCAAAUCUUGGGAGAGCUUCAUGAACAUGCUGGAAACAGCAUGCAUCUACGAGGCGGAGGUUGGCCAGACAUCCCUGGUCAUCAUGUCCAUGGUCUGUCUCAGGCACUGCCUCGAGGCCCUGCGGCUCCAUUCGGCAAACCUCCUCUCUCCGGGCGAACAUGAGGACUGCGGUGGCGGGCAAUGCCAGGUGGAGUGCAUUCACAGCCUGCGUACCCAAGUAUCUGCCUUUGUCGACGAGCUGUCCUCCGUCAUCUUCAACAAGGAGAACAUGCGAGACAGGAGGUGGUGGCUAUCGACCUUCUACAGCCUUUACAUCCAGAGCUAUGUGCGCCACGCCUUGAUCAUUAUCGAAAAGCAGCUUCGUUUUCAAUCGUCCGACGACGUCCCCGCCGAGGAUCUCACCGCGACCCAAUAUAUGCAUCUUCCCGCCGUGCUCUUCACGGCGGCAUCGGCCAAAUACGAUCCCCUGCUUGACGGACGGCUGCAGUACGCGUUGACGGACAAUUCCGUCAUCCCGGAGACCUCGGUCCCGGAGCUCCAUCACGCCUCGGCUCGUGUCGCGUGCGAAGUCGACAAGUGGCCCGAGGCCGGCAUCCGGACUCCCUACCAGUUCCUCCGGCGGCUGCUUCAGAUUGGCUCGCUCGACUUUUUUGACUUCGGUCUGGAAACCACGGGUCAAAGGUCGCCGUUGUCUCUGGCCUCUCCUUCCUCCGUCCGUGGUAUUAAAGUCGGGUCCCCCGUCUCCUUGAGUCCCAGCACGUUCGAGGAUGGUCUCGGCUUCCCCAGUCCGUCCGUCGGUCAGGGGAAGAGGGACUCGUGGAACAGCCGUUACUCGGCACAAGCGUCGACGAGGUUCUCAAACUUGAGCUCGGAUAGCCUAGCGCGAACUAUGUCGACGGAUGUAACCAGUCUGUACGAGUCAUCCUUUGCUGCCGUCUCCUUCUGCGGUAGCGUGGCAGACCUGAACGGUGACGUGUCCGUCGACCUCGCGACCAUCAACCCGACCGCGCUGUUCUCUGCGCACCACAACGGGUCUUCCCAGUCGCUCGAUCAGGUGAUGGCGGAGAGUGCUGCCGCUCGGCACGACGGGUCGGCUGCCGGCUUGGGCAUCGUCGCUGUGCCCACCUUUGUUUGCAACUGCUGUCCGCGUGCCCCGCGGCAUUUCCACACCCGCGAAGAGCUCACAAACCACGAAGCAGAAAAGCCGCACCCCUGCACGCAGUGCAAGAAGCGUUUCAAGUCUCCCACCGAGGCCGAGCGCCACCUCAACGCGAUCCACCUCAAGGCCGAUUUCUGGUCGUGCAAGGCCCUCGAGGACCCGCUGCAGGCCUACCACACGCAGUCGUACCAGGGCACGACCUGGGACGUGUGCGGCUUCUGCGGCGGCGAGUUUGUGCGCAAGGACGGCGACGAUGGCGUCCCUGCCCUUGACCGGGCGGAGCUGGUUGCGCAUGUCGAGUCCGUACACCGAAUAAGCGACUGUGACCGCAACAAGAAGUUCUACCGCGCCGAUAAUUUCCGGCAACACCUCAAGAACACGCACGUGGCGCUCCCCGGCAGGUGGCUCAAGGCGCUUGAGAACGCGUGUAGGAGUACUGCGGCGAGAGAAGGCGGGCUGGUUUGAUGUUUGUGAUGAUUGGGAAGAGUUAAUAAUUAUGAUGUGUGGAACGGUUUGUCUCUGAUUGCGGGAGUUUGGAUAGAGAGAGGUCUGUGGGAAACGGUCCGGAUAUAAUUUAAUAAUACUUACAGAUAUCUGCCUCUUAGAUUAAUUAAUGAUUGACGAAUAUUAUGUCCGAAUAGUUAAUACUACGCCUAUCCCAUCUACGAGCAUUGAUUCAUUGUGC